AUGAAAGCGCUUAGGCCUUUCCUCUCUACUGAAGAGUAUUUUACCACACAAAUCGAAUUGAUUUUGGAUUUAAUCGUCCGACAGGAGUCUUACAUUGACCGGCCAGUCGAUGCGUUUUUGAUUCAUCGUCCCGCAGGCUUACUCACACAGUUAUCUGACGAUGGCAAGUCCUACUUGAAGCAUGCGGACGAGAAGGGGGACCAAAUACUUGUCGACGAUGAAUUUAAUAUCACCGGAAUCAUCGACUGGGAGUGGUCGCAUACAGACUCCAAGUCAGGAGCGUUCAAUUCGCCGAUUGUCCUGCUCUCCGUUGCGGACUUUUACGAGGGUAAGAACUCCAUCAGUGAAGAUGAAAAUUUUUUUGCAAAGUGUUUUGAAGCAAAAAGGCAUCCGGAUCUCGGAACUAUUGUCAGAAAUGGGUGGCUCAUCCAUAGAUUUCGAUUUUGUUGCGGGUACGACCUUCAAGAUUGGGAAGGAUUUCUUGGGCUCUUCGCCGGGCUUCUAAGAGCUAUGGGCAUCACUAGUGACUUCCAUUUGGAGAUGUGGAAAGCAGAAGCAUUGGAACGCUUCAAAGAUGAUCAUCGACUCCAACAAUUGAUCGAACUAAAUAAUCGAAUGGAUCAUGCGAGUCUCGCCAAAAGCAUCCAAGUAUAA